GUCAUCGUCUGUUCUGUUUUUGAUUAAUUAAUGUUUGACUCGAGUCUUCUCUUUUUUUUUUUUUUUUAGAGCUGUCAUCUCCGAGACUCAUGCGAGUCAGGUUCUCUCUCUGUCUCACCCUCUUUUCUUCCUUCCUUGCCCCCCACCACCGACAAUUCUCUCCGCAUCUGGACACACCAUCAUCGUCUCCGACAAAAAUCGUCUGUCUCUGAUCAUCGCAAUGCACGCUCUAAAGGACAAAGUCUCCCAGAAGCUUUCGAAUCUCUUCGCCGAUUCCCCUUCCCAAUCUGCAUCUCCUCGCCAUUCCCUCACCGAUUCUCCAAAGGCUUCAGCGAAAUCGUUUACUUCGUAUUUCUCAUUUGGUGCUCGAAACGAGAACGAAGAUUCCGAAUCUGAAUCAUUUCCUCCUCCUCCUCCAAUUAGAACAGACAGCUACGAGUCUGUUGAGAAUUGCAAACAAGAAGAAGAUUGCAAAAAGAACCAAUCUUCUUCGACAACGGUAGGCAAUGAUGACUACGAAGGAGAGAUGAAGGAGUUAACAGAGAGCUCUGCUUUUAUCUCUGCUGACUUGUGCGAGUUCUUGCACGCGUGUCUUCCCAAUAUCGUUAGGGGAUGCAAAUGGGUCUUGCUAUACAGUACGUUGAAGCAUGGGAUAUCGCUUCGUACGCUUCUGCGUAAAAGUGCUGAGCUUCCUGGUCCUUGUUUGCUGGUUGCUGGAGACAAACAAGGUGCGGUUUUUGGUGCUAUGCUGGAAUGUCCGUUAACAACUACUCCUAAGAGGAAGUAUCAGGGUACAAGCCAGACAUUCUUGUUCACAACUAUUUAUGGUCAACCACGCAUAUUUAGACCUACCGGUGCCAACCGAUAUUACUACAUGUGCAUGAAUGAGUUUUUGGCGUUUGGAGGUGGAGGAAGCUUUGCGCUAUGUUUAGACGAAGAUUUGUUAAAAGCAACAAGUGGACCUUCUGAAACAUUUGGCAACGAAUGCUUAGCUAGCAGCACAGAGUUUGAGUUGAAGAAUGUCGAGCUUUGGGGAUUUGCGCAUGCGUCUCAGUACCUCUCCUCCUGAUCCUGGAGAUUCUUUCUUUGAAGAGAAUUGAUAUAUCUCAAAAAAAGAAAGCUUACCCAUCUUUUUGUAUCUGUUAAUUGUUUCAAAGUUAUGAUUAGGCUUAAGACAGUUUUCAGAGUUUUACAUGAUUGUAUCUGUGUUACCAAGAAUACCAACUCAGCUGUGACAUUUUUUUUUUUACUGAGAACAAAAGUGUAAUUUUUUUGUUUUAUACAUAUAAGAUUAAUGUGGGUUUCAAAGAGUAA